GGUAGUCGUCGCGUGCUGCGCUUACGCCGAGGCAGCUGCAGCAGUCGGCUCGCGGACUCUCCUGCUCCUUUUCCUUACUUUUUUAAUUGACGUUCUUCCAGCCCCUCGAGUGCCAAGCGAGAGAUGCGAGGCUCGCGCAGCGACGCGACCAGACGCGCAACGAGUCGUUACAAGUAGAUAUACGAUGCCGCGCGCAGCGAUGAUCGCAAUUACACGAGCUGCGACAAGUCUAUUGUGCGGCUGACGCUGCUGCUGUUACUGCUGGACCAUUCGCUAAUUAUUGUCGCGCGAUCGAUUGAUAUACGUGCGAUAAUGACGAGCGAUCGUCCUCGCUCGUACUCGCCUUGUUUUGCCUCUUGCGCCAGCUACUACGGCUGCGAUUGUUAUCGUUCUAGUUGUUGUCGUUGCUGUUGUUGUUAUCGCCGUUGCUGCUACAAUAAUUGGCUCAUCAUCUGAUAGAGAUCAGAAGUAAGAAAGAAAAACAUGCUGACCGGGGCCUGGCGUUAGGCCCAGACUCGCAACUCCCGCAGGCCCUCGUCUGCUUGGGCAAUAAUAAUGGAGGUGGGCGUCGUGAAAAUAGCCGAAGACAGCGACUUCGCGAAACUCAAAAGACUGUACGACGAUAGUAACGAGUGGAGAUUGGAUUACAACAAGCCGGAUCUUUGCGUCUGGACAAAGAGCGUGCCUGGAAUCAGCUUUCGAAUGAUCAAGAUAAGGACGACGUUUUCCGACGUCGAGCCGGACACUAUGUACGACGUACUCCACGACCCGGACUACAGAAAAGUCUGGGACACUCACAUGAUCGAUGCCCGAGAAAUUGGCUUUUUCAAUCCAAACAACGACAUUGGUUAUUAUUCCAUGUCGUGCCCGUCGCCACUGAAAAAUCGCGACUUUGUACUGCAGCGAUCGUGGCUAGACACUGGCUUGGAGCAGAUGAUCAUUAACCACUCGGUCUUUCACAAAGAUUAUCCACCCUUCAAAGGCUGCGUCAGAGCAACUUCUUACCUCACGGGCUACAUCGUUAGGCCGUCGCGCAACGGGCCGGGCUCGGAGCUCGGCUACGUCGCUCAUACCGACCCCCAUGGGAAAUUACCCGUCUGGUUGGUUAACAAAAUCACGCAAAUAUUUGCGCCCAAGAUGGUGAAAAAAUUGCACAAGGCCGCCCUUGGAUAUCCGUUGUGGAAAAAAGCGAAUAAUCCAAACUACAAGCCUUGGUUCUCUCCGGAGCAAAUAUCUUCUCCUCGAAUAAGAACGGAAGACUGCAUCAAAUCGGCCGAGGAGAAAAAGUACAAACACAGCUACGUUGACGAGUCCAAUGCGAAAGAAUCGCGUGGCCGAGAUUCGGACAGCGAUUAACCUUCCAUUACUGCAGGCUAAAACAAAGGGACUGUUAGUUAAAGUAUGACACUAGUUACAAUGUAUGUACAUAUAUGUACUCGUUUAUGAGUUAGAAUAGUCGUUCCACAAGGGCAAAGAAGAUAAUUCUGCGCUAAUGUUCAGUAUUUCGGUAUACAAAGAGAUGUAAUUUAAGUGGGGAAAAAAUUUAAGAUUUUAUAUAAGUAAGUAGCAGAGCGAGUUUACUCAUGUAUGUGCGUAGCAGACGUACGAUAGGUUGAUAACAUUUUUGUAACAAACAUAGCCAAGUAAGAAACGAUCUUUGUGUAAUAAUUGAUCUGUAAUAACUACAACAUAAAUACGAGCUAGGAUGCCUAUAAUCGUUGUUUUCUACGCUUGACGCGAUAAUAUAUUAAUUUUACGGGAAUAUAAUAGAAUUUAAUAGACGAUAAUAACGGCAAAUUAUGUAACAAUCUACAGGAUCAUUUAACAAAACACGAGACAAAUACCAAAGAAACUUGAUUAAUAAUAACAAUAAAAAAACGAACGUGAAAAUUGAUACGUGCAAUAUACCGGGUAUAAAGCGUAAUUUAACAAUAUGUAAUACAUGUAUAUUACAGACGUAUUAAAAGUAUUAUGAAAAAGUUAUCAUAUUUUUCACAUUAUCGGUUGAAUAAUAAUACGUACACACCUGUCGAUCAUAUCGCUAUUGGCAAGUGAUUUAUGCUUAUAAAUUGUAUUUUAAAACAGGAUAGAUUGUUUCAAAUGAAAUAUUCAUUACAAUUUGAAAUAUAACUUAUAUACUUGUACAUUCCGUACUCGUUAAGAAAAAAUAAGUGCAGUUGUAUUCGUACUGAAAGAAUAUUUUGACAAAUAAUAGCUUGUUAUAGGUCCAUUAAAUUCUUCUCUAAAUUUUCAAACAAGUAGUAAUAUUAAUGGUGCAUUUCAAUGAAAAAUGCUCGUAAAAUAUUGUCUUAAAGGCUCUUUUAUAAUUGUGACUUUGACAGUUGACAAGUUACAUUAGUACCAUAAAUAAUCGAUUGAAUUACUAUCCAAUUUUGAAACAAUUUUUAGUACCUAAUGAUUAUAAAAUUAUUGUUCUCACAAUCAAUAAAUUUAUGUUUGAUUGUAGUACUCUCGACAUCACGCAAAAGAAUAAUUAAUCUCACGAUUAAAAUCUACUUACGGUGAUGAAGAUAAAUCUAUAAUGUCAUCUAGACGUAUAUUUUUAUUACAAGUAAAUCUUAUAUUUUUGACAAAUUUGAUAAUAUGCAUCAAAACUUCUGAGUUGUGUUAUGUAUUUUCACAAAUUAUUAAACCCCCUUUAACAAAUUACAAUGUCAAUUUUACAGACAAAUAACUUUGUAUUUUGAAAGUCUAUAAUUGUUAUUUGAAAUUAUAUUUAAUAACGAAAGUCUACAUUUAAUACUCCUUGCAUUAAUUAUACGAUUACAAAAAUUGACUAAUUUACAACCAGAACCAUUAUAAGUAAAAUUAAUACAUAUAAUAAAGACUUUAAAAAUUUCUAAGUAAUGUUCCAAAAAUAUAUUUAGUGAUUUUUUUACAAUUAAUAGUUUAGAGCUAGAUUUCAUGUCUUUACAAGAUGUUACAGAAAGAUUUUCGAUUUACUUCUCCAUUAUAAAAUCAAUAUCUAUAUCGAAAAUACCAAGAACUUCACAUUUUUAUAUUUUAAUUUGGAAUAUGCACAACCAAAUUAAAACAACACUUUAAAUGACUGACACUAAAGUUACAUAAUAAGUUCAAAAUAUUUACGUUGGUAAUAUAUUCAUCAAAGAUUAAUUUGUAUUAUCACAAAAUUAAAAGCCUGGUUUUUACAGGCCUGCUGCCACAACGACUGCAAUUAAAACUUUAAGUAAAGCGCCCCAAUUGCAUUACCCACGUGCAUAACUUAAUAUUAAUAUCAUUGCAAAGGAGUUUUUAAUAUGAAAAAGUGAAAAAAAGCUUCUAAACUGUUUACUGUUAAAAUCAAGGCUGUGUGCUAUAAUAAUAAUAAUAAUAAUAUUUAUAAUACGUGGUGUUACCAUAGGGUUUAUAAAAUGCGGCAAUAUGUAAUUUGUAUGAUGUAGUAAAGUGGAUGAAAGUAUGCGAAGAUUUGGUUUUAACAUCGACAAAGUCGUUGGAUGUACUGAAAAAAUGAGUUGCUUUUCGCAUUUUGAUUUUUGUUGAAAAUAUAUGACAAAAUUGUAUUGAAAAUUAUAUUUCUUUUAACUAUUUAAA